AUGAACAUUUUAUCGAUAUACGAUUCUAGCGGAAACAAACUUGUUCAAUAUCCAGACAGUCCAUUAAAAGAUGACGAAUCACUUAACUUUCAAGGUGUUUUAUCAAUAAUUGGACCAAUCACAAAACAAGAUCAAACAUUUCUAUUUACUCUAACAAUGGGAAAGCAUUAUGUUGAUGUGUUUUAUGGCUUUAAUAGAUAUGUUAUUUCUGUAGUUCCAGAUAAUACUAUAUCGGAAAUAAAGAAUUGUAAUUCAUUUUAUGCUAUUACUGCAGGAUGCUUCUUUAAUGACUAUAUAAUACGAAAUUCUACAAAUGAUCAACAAAAGGCAUCCAUAUAUGAUUCAUUCAUAGAAUUAAUACCGACAAACCCACUAAACUCAAUAAAUUCUUUAAUAAAUUCAUUACUAUCCAACGAAAUCGAAUAUGUUGCUUUCGUAACUCGAGGUAAUCGAGUCAUUCAUUCAAUUGGUAAGCCUUCUGAAGAACCAGAAGAUUUUAUCUUCUCAUGGUGUGCUGCACUAGGGGCAGUCGAUUCUCUUGGAGAGGAACAGUCUGCUAGGGUCGACGGAUAUUCUAAAAUUUUUGCUUUUAGAAUGUAUGAUUGCAUCAACACAAUAUGCUACACAAGACAUGAUGUAAGUUUACCAAUAAUAAACCAGUUUGCAGAUUCUGCUAAUAAAGUUAAAACAGGAAUUUCAAACUUAUUCCAAAAGACAGAACGAUUCUCACCAAAACUACCAGACCAACCUUCAUCUGGAGGUGGAAGAACACAUUUCCAGAGAUUUUAA